GUAAGAGCUGAAAGUGAAGUAGUUAAGUAUGAAUUAGGAAGAACUGACGGUUAUUUUAGCUUGAAGACGUGUUUUUUUAUCUUAGUCUCGUAGUGUACCACGGGAGCUAACGUUGGAUAGCAUAAGAGUUGAAGAAAAACGCUUCAAGUUACAGGAAAACAGUUCCCUCGGCGAGUCAGAGGAAAAAGCCAGUUCACAAACCCGAACUGACAGAGGAGCAACGGCAGGAAAUUAAAGAGGCUUUUGAUCUCUUUGAUACAGAUGGAACUGGAACCAUAGACGUCAAGGAGUUGAAGGUUGCCAUGAGGGCUCUUGGGUUUGAGCCAAAGAAAGAAGAAAUCAAGAAGAUGAUUGCAGACAUUGACAAAGAGGGCUCUGGAACGAUUGACUUCAAUGACUUUCUCAGUAUGAUGACUGUGAAAAUGAGUGAAAAAGACUCCAAAGAAGAAAUAUUAAAGGCCUUUCGGCUGUUUGAUGAUGACUGCACAGGAAAAAUCUCAUUCAAAAACCUCAAGAGAGUUGCCAAGGAGCUGGGAGAAAACCUCACAGAUGAAGAAUUACAGGAAAUGAUUGACGAGGCAGACCGAGACGGAGACGGUGAGGUCAACGAGCAGGAGUUCCUGCGCAUCAUGAAGAAGACCAAUCUGUACUGAACUGAUCACUGCAGCCUUUUAAGCUGUUUCUUCUGUCACAGUAGUUUUAACUCAGGCCAAUUAGUUUAUUUGUAAAUAAAUAUUUUGAUAGAGUAUCUUUGUACAUUUUUUUCUACAACAACAAAUAAAUUUAUUUCAUCA